GAGUCAACCAAAUUUGAAGGCACGAAAGUGAAGUGAGGAAAGAGGAUAUAGCAAUAGCAGAGUUGAGUUUGCGACGAGACAAUUUAGCAUGAAGCUGAGUGGACUGAAAUCGGUGGAGAACGCGCACGAUGAUUCGGUGUGGGCGGUCACAUGGGUACCCGCAACCGCCAACCGGCCACCGCUCCUCCUAACCGGUUCCCUCGACGAGACCGUCAGGCUCUGGCGCUCCGACGACCUCGUUUUGGAGCUCACCAACACCGGCCACUGCCUCGGCGUCGCCUCCGUCGCCGCCCACCCCCUCGGCUCCGUCGUCGCCUCCUCCUCCCUCGACAGCUUCGUCCGCGUGUUCGAUGUCGAUUCCAACGCCACCAUCGCCACCCUCGAGGCUCCUCCCUCUGAAGUCUGGCAAAUGCGCUUCGAUCCCAAGGGUGCUAUUCUAGCAGUUGCUGGCGGAGGUAGUGCAUCAGUCAAGCUUUGGGACACUUCCUCAUGGGAACUUGUUGCCACUCUGUCAAUUCCUCGUCCAGAAGGGCAGAAGCCCACAGACAAAAGUGGCAGCAAGAAAUUUGUCCUGUCCAUUGCAUGGAGUCCUGAUGGGAAACGACUUGCUUGUGGUUCAAUGGAUGGCACCAUUUCUGUUUUUGAUGUGCCCCGUGCCAAAUUUUUACACCACCUUGAAGGUCACUUUAUGCCUGUGCGAUCUCUUGUGUAUUCUCCUUAUGAUCCAAGGCUGCUGUUUACUGCUUCGGAUGAUGGUAACGUCCACAUGUAUGAUGCUGAGGGAAAAGCUUUAAUUGGGACCAUGUCAGGUCAUGCUAGUUGGGUAUUGUGUGUGGACGUGAGCCCAGAUGGGGCGGCCAUUGCUACAGGUUCAAGUGAUAGAUCUGUAAGGCUAUGGGAUCUUAACAUGAGGGCAUCUGUGCAGACAAUGAGCAACCAUUCAGACCAGGUAUGGGGGGUGGCAUUUAGAUCACCUGGAGGGAGUGAUGUGCGAGGUGUUCGACUUGCUAGUGUAUCAGAUGACAAGAGCAUAUCACUGUAUGAUUAUUCCUGAUUUAGAUAUUGCGCGCCGUAUUUGUACUCAUAAAUGCUUUGUUUGCAAAUUAAUUUUUGAAUUGGAGAAAAUGCAUGGUUGUACAUGUCUGUAUCCUUUAUUUAUGAUUUGUUCCCCGUCUUAAUUUAUUUAUUGCCAA